AUGUUCAAGAAUUGUAAAAGUGCGACAGAUAUUUUUGUAAAACUUCUAAAUCCAAUUAUUGAUCAUAUAGUUGAUCAAAGUAAUUUAUAUGCGACACAAAAUAACAAAACACUUAAGUUAUCUGCAGAUGAGUUAAUGGGCUUUAUUGGAAUUAACUUUUGCAUGGGAUAUCAUAAGUUACCAUCUUAUAGACACUACUGGAGUACUGCAAAAGACCUACAUUUACAAGUAAUUUCCGAAGUUAUGAGCAGAGAUAGAUUUAGCGAAAUUUUAUCAAAUAUUCAUGUAAAUGAUAAUACCGCGAUUCCAGCAAAUAAUAAAGAUAAACUUUACAAGUUACGUCCAAUGAUAGAUUCGUUAAAUAAAACAUUUUCUGAAGCAUAUAAUGGAACACGCGAGCUUAGUGUGGACGAGUCAAUGAUAAAGUUUAAAGGACGUAGCAGUAUAAAACAAUACAAUCCUAUGAAACCUAUAAAGCGCAAAAAUGAGGCUCUAGAACGAGAGUUCGAAGAUUUCAAUCUGGGAGAAAGAAUAGUGCUAAAGCUAACCAAGCCAUAUUGGAAACAGUCCCGACUUAUAUUUUUCGAUAAUUACUUUACAUCUAUAAUAUUACUGGAAAGAUUGAAGACAGAACAGACGUUGGCAUGUGGCACCAUAAGAUCUAAUCGGAAAGGAAUGCCAAAUAAUUUGAUGAAAGAUUCUACAAUUGCACGUGGGGAAUACGACUGUCGUUUUUCUACUUCUGGUAUUGGUGUAUUCAAGUGGCGUGAUAAUAAAACUGUGCAUUUCGCAUCUAACUAUCACGGAAACGAAGUUACAAGUGUUCUAAGAACGAUGAAGGACGGUUCAAAAUUAACAACAAAAUGUUCUCCCGUGGUAAAAGACUACAAUAAUUUUAUGGGAGGUGUCGAUUUAGCGGAUAGAUAUAGGUCAUUGUACAAUGUUGAUCGGAAAUCAAAUAAAUGGUGGUUGAGAAUAUUCUGGGAACUCCUCGACAUUACAUUUGUGAACGCCUACGUCAUUUACUGUGAGAUGUUCGAUGACACGGAUGUUUUGGAUGUACGUCGAUCCAUCGCACUUGGUCUUAUGACAUUACGCAGUUUACCAUCAAGAAGAUCAGUCAGUUUGAAAAGAGCAGCUCCUAAAACCCCAACAACUCGCAGAGGAAAACAGUUAUCCAAUACAAAGGAUGUUAGAUUAGGAAACAGAGGAAUUCAUUGGGUGGUCUACGGUGCCAAUAGAGGGAGGUGUGAACUGUGCAGUACACGGGGAAUUGAGUCGAGACCAAAAUCUAAGUGUUCACAUUGUAGAGUAUUCUUGUGCAGUAAUGAAAAUAAAAAUUAUUUCAAUGAGUAUCAUGAAGUAGAAACAGUUAACAUUUGA